AUGCCGUCUCCAGACAAGGAAACCCCUCGUGACCGGGAAUUGGUCCGGCACUCAAUGACAUACUCCGACUUGAAAGUCCCAAUGUGGGACAGUUCGGAUCCCGAGCGUGCACCUCCGCCACUACCGUUGAAUCCACGUUCAAUGAGCCCAACGAGUUCUGCACCGAGAUCCAACGUUUCUCCCAACAUUCAAGCUGUGGCCGCAAAAUUCUCAGAGAGACCCAGCGACCAUGCGCCCAGUUCUUACACAACAAACCCUAUGCCACCUAAGACUUCAUCUCCAGAGAGGGCAUUGGUCAAAGGCCAGCAUCAUAAACGUCUGCAAUUGCUACAGCCCGACGAUAGUAAAAAGGAUGCUCGCAGUGACUUUUUAAAUUAUCUCGAGAAUAGAUCGCCAGAGCGACCUCUUCGCGCGACGAUCAUUGAAGGUUCCAAAACACGCGAUCCCACCAAGUCCAUCAGUUCGCCAUCCCUUCGUGAAGAUACAAACCGAGAGGUCAAUUACUCGCUAUCCAGUCGGUACUUGUCCAAGCCAAUCUUGGGAGAGAGUACUCCGCCGUCAGCGACAAUGCUGGCGUUGCAGAACAUGCAGUUGCCUUCAGAACCCGAUCCUCCAUCACCUUCGAAACCACCCAAGUUGAUCGCUGCGCCGUAUGAACCUCAACCCCAGCCUGCCAAGCACACGAGCAUAGACACUCUCUCCGUCCAAAUUCACAGCCUCACGGACAUUGCAAGCAAUUUACAGCGUGAAAUGAUGAACCUGAGCCGGCGGAGCAAAGACAAUGCUACCGAUCUGGUCAGUCUCAAGGCAGCGACCAAUGCACGCGAUGAGGACAUACGAAAAAGCCUCAAAGACCUGUCUUCUCAUCUCACUGGCAAAUAUCUGGACACUGAUGCUGCAAGGUUUGAUUUCAGUAAUCUUUUUAAAGAUGGCGAUGGGCCUAACCCCAAGGAUCAUGACAGUCCCGUCUCAAAGAGAAGCUACUCGGUACCUCGCAUGUCCAGCCCUAAUCCAUUUGCCUUCGACCGGGAAUCUUGCGUCUCACCCGCACCGAUCUCGGAUGGUUCCGCGGCCCUCGCUUUGCUCGAAAAGGUUUUGCGCGAAAUGGCCACCAAAGAAGGCGAGGAAAGGCUCUUAGAGCUGGUCGAAGAAAUCAAAAAUCGACCCGCAGCGACCCCUUCAGACAAAGAUGCCGACACCAAAGUCACUGUCAUGCUCGAAGAGAUUCUCAACCUCGUCAAAGAAGAUCCCUCGAGCAAAGCGCUUGUACGAUCAUAUGGCAUGGCUGCCAAUACCAGUAACACGGGACCUGAGGAUGUUUCGCCCGGCGUCGUCCGAUCUGAGUCGACAGGGUCUUUGGGUCCUGAUGCUGUACGCGCCCUGGAUAUUUCCAAAUCUGACAAGGGAGAUGCUUCUGGACGGAAUUCCGACGAAGUAAUGGCAAUUCUCAAGAGUGUUAAAAAUAGCGUCGUCGAGGGAGGUGGAAUGACGAACGGCGUAAAGUCCCUGGUGCGCGAGUUACGGGGUGAGGUCCUGGGAAUGGGUCGAGAACUAGGUCGUCGACUGGACGAGAUCGAGGCUUUCCAUGCCAAUGAUCAAUCCGGAGAUCAAGCCCGAGCUGCCGGCCCCGAAGAAAUCUCAGCAAUCGUCAACCGCAGCUUGGAUGAUCUCAAAGAGCAGCUGGCUGCUACCAUAAAUGAGAGCCGGCAGCAAUCGUCCGACUUGGCCGAGUUCCGAUCUACCAUGAAUAGCGCUGCAAUCUACUCUGUUGUGAAAAAAGCUCUCGAUGAGCUGGAACUCCCUGAGCCACAAGAUCACCCGCGGGGCGCUGAAAUGGAUAGGGAAGAUAUUCUGGAGACAGUCCGGGAGGCUUGGGAAACGUACAAGCCCGAGAUCGAGUUCAACAACUUCGGCCUGGAACGAGACGAAAUUCUCACAUGCCUUGAAGAAGGACUCAAAUCUUACCAACCGCAGCAUGAACAGGCAGUCACAUACGAUCAGGUCCUUGCGGCUGUCGAGGACGGUAUGCAGAAGUUCAUUCCUCCACAGAUUGAACACCCGCCAAGUAUCUCUCGAGAUGAGAUUAUCUUGACCAUUCGCGAAUGUCUGGAGAAGCAGCCCGAGCCUGUGACUAGAUCCCUUGACGAAGAGCACGUCGGGCAUCUCAAUUCAAUGCGUGAUGAGAUCCUCGGUGCAGUGACCAAUGCUAUGGCCAGCCACAACGAAGGCUUCAGGUCACUGGAUGAGGAACAUGUCAACCAUCUUUACUCUGUCCGUGAUGAGAUUCUCGAUGCUGUGACUGCCAACAACACAGCCCCUAAGUCUUUGGACGAGGACCAUAUCAAUCACCUCUACUCCGUCCGCGAUGAAAUCAUCGAAGCUGUUACUGGAGUAGUAACAACCCACGCCACAGGUUCUAAACCCGUGGACCAAGAGCAUAUUGACUAUUUGACUUCUCUCCGAGACGAAAUCCUUCAAGCAGUCACCGGAGCAAUGGCGAAUCACAGCACCUCCAGAUCUCUGGACGAUGAUAACGUCGUCCACAUGAAUUCAAUUCGGGACGAAAUCCUCGGUGCACUGACUGGAUCCAUGGCACAAAGUACACUCAGCAAGGAAUCGUACGACUCAGGACUUGGCCGCGACGAGAUUGUAAGUGCGGUUUCUGACGGUCUUGAGGCCCAUUUCACGGCUGCCAAAGAGAUGGACGAGCCACGCAUUUCUCGACUUGAUGUUGUGAACGCCAUUAAUGAAGCGUUUGACGCCCAACGCUCCGCUGCUGUUAGCAUUCCUCAGACCACCAUCUCGCGUGACGAAAUCCUAAAUGCUAUUUCCGAAGGCAUUGAGAAUACAAUGAAUUCCCAGCAAACAGCACUCAGUACCAACGUUCAACAAACCGUCUCUCGCGAGGAAAUCUUCAGCGCCAUUGUGGAUGCCAUUGAGCACUCGAGGUCUUCUGUCGGCACUGGUGGCGAGGCCACCCUUUCUCGAGAUGACAUCUUGGGUGCUAUCUUGGAGGGUAUGGAGCAUUCGCCGAACCGCCAAGAACCGGGCAUCACCAGAGAGGAGAUCAUGAACGCUAUCGUGGACGGGAUCGAAAGCGCCAAUAUCUCCUCUUCGCGGGCUCUCACGUCAACUGAGCACGAACAGUAUAACGGGCAAGCCCCGCUCUCCCGGGAGGAGAUCUUCAAUGCAAUCGUUGACGGGAUUGAUCAUUCUCAUGCUUCUCUUGGGUCCAAAUCUCAGCCCAGUAUCUCAAAGGAAGAGGUCAUGAAUGCUAUCGCAGAAGGCAUUGAGGCUUCGACCAGCAGUCAGCAAUCAGCGCUCAGCACCAAUGUCCAAGAGCCUUCUAUCUCACGUGAAGAGAUAUUGUCCGCCAUUGCAGAAGGCAUUCAGAACGGCAACUCCAUCACGCGGGAGAUAGAGCUGAACCAGGACGACCUCAUGGAGGCUAUCACCGCUGGUCUCAACGAGGCUAUCGCAUCCGCGAAUACGAAUGUUGGCGAUGAUAUGACGGAACGCCUUCAUACCCUGUUCGAGGGUAUGAAAGAGGAAUUCAAGCAGUACGCCUCCGCAGGUGGAAGAGACACUGAGCAAGUCCUUGAGGCGAUCAAGGAUGGUCUUGAUGUUGUCCGAAAGGAGAUCGAAGCUUACGUCGUUACAACUGCCGAUCUUUCCGGCAAGGACGAAGUUAUUCUGACGGUCAAAGAAGGCUUCCGCCUGUUACAAGCUGAUAUGGAGAAAACCAUUACAGAUACAUCUCUUGCAAACGCAGUCCGCGCCACCCCCGAUACGCCCGAACUUCUGGAUGCUAUGGAAAAGGAGUUUGAGCAUCUACGGGGAACCAUCACCACCCUUCUCUUGCGCAACAACGCUACUGAAGACAAGGACGAGAUCUUGGAUGCUAUUCGUGAGGCCUCCGAUCGGCAGAAGAGCGGUCCUGACGGCGAGGACGUGGUCAACACAAUCAGAGAAGAAUUCCAGAGCCUCCGCGAGCGCAUGGACACGGAUGUGGAUCGUGCACAGCCGGGUGCCGACAAGGACGAGAUUAUCUCGGCACUUCGCGAGCUUUUUGAUAACCUACGAGAAGAGACCUCACGUCGAGACGAAAGCCUUCGAGAGCGUAUGGACAUGAGUGUGGUUCGUUCGGAGCCCGGUGCCGAGAAAGAGGAGAUUAUCUCGGCACUUCGUGAGCAUUUCGACAACCUGCGCGAAGAGACGGCUCGCCGAGACAGCGACGAAAGCACAUCUUUCACAACAAGUGAGCUGCUCGAUGCCUUGACGGAUGGGGUGGAGUCGAUCCGUGACGACCUGAAAAAGUUAUUGGAGAAGCCUUCCGAAUUCGACAGUUCUGAGAUUCUCGACACCAUCAAAGAUGGCCUCGCGGAUUUGAAAUCAGAAAUGGACACUCUCCGCGAAAGCAGCAAAGACAUGGAUGAGGCCAGUACCGUCCGCGGUGGUGAGCUUAUGCUAGCAACCGAGCCCAGCAUUGGACCUGAUAUUGAUGGCCUGAAAGCGCUCAUCACUCAGCUUCAAGACAAGGUCGAGGCCAUUGAAACUCCUCCUCGUGCCGCAGAGCCUGCGGAGGACGCGCUCAAGCGCUCACACCUCGAUGAAGUUCUUCUUGCCCUUCAAGAAGUGCAGCUUGCCAUGGGCGAGAUGGGAGCCCAACUAAGCCCAGAGAACAAUGACAGUGCUCGGAAGCAAGACACCGAGGCUCUGGAGCAAUUGCUCUUGAGUACGAAGACCCAGAUCGACGAGCUGGCCUUCCCUUCACCCGAUCAGGUUGCCACUCCCGAACACAUAGCAGUCCUGGAGAACAUGAUUCGAGAGGCUAAAGAUUCCAUUGCCGAGUUCUCUAGUCGUGUCGAAGCCGAAGCUCCCACAAAGUCGGAGAUUGGCACUUUGGAGGGUCUCAUCAAAGAUGUCUGGGUCGUGCUGGAUGAUCUCAAGGGCAAGACCAACGACGGGGAUGAAGAAGGGGAUUCGGACAAACUCCUCAAAUCAGAUCUCCAAACGGUGGAAGCCAUGAUCUUCGAAGUCAAGACUCAAGUCGACGAGCUUAAGCUUCCUGAUGUGGAGACUCUCCCCACUAAGACGGACAUCCAGGAUCUUUCAACCCUCGUCAGUGACUUCCGAGAGAAGAUGGAAGCUAACAACGAAUUGACCGCUCAGGGGUUUGAUGCUCGCAAAGUGGAACAUGGUGGCCUUGCCGAGAAGAUUGAGGAGGCCAAAUUUGUCGUCGGAGAGCUCGGUGAUGAACUGAAGAGCAAGCUUGACGGCAGCACAGAAGGUCUGACUGAGCUGAAACAGCUCCUGGAAGGGCUAGCAAUCACCGCAGAGAACUUCAGCACCGUGGACAACAUCAAGGAACUCACUGACCUCAUCAACCGGGAAUUUGAGCGUUCCCGCGGCGAGGAAGAGGCUGGCAAGCUUGAAAAGGAGGAGCGGGAUGCUGCUACUAUGGUCAAACAUGAUGAGACCCGGGCCGCCAUCAUCGUGGAGCUCGGGACAAAGAUUGACGAGAAAAUCUCAGAAGUCUUGGCCAAGUAUGAAGACGCACAUACCUCCCUUCACUCCAAACUUUCCGAGACAGAGGAGAGAGAUCUGGCACACACGGAAUCCUUGGCGAGCACGAAGAGUCUCGCCGAAGAUAUCAGGCUCGUCAUUGGUGCUAUGGGCGACAGCGUCAAUGAGACCUGCGAGCGGCUCAGUGUGGACACCAAGGCCCUCAUCGAGCACGUCGACCAGUCUCGCCAGCAAAUUGAAGAGAUGCACAAUGAUGUGAAAUCUCGUCAGGAGCAAUCUCAAGCGGAAAGCGAAAGAGUCGCCGCUGCGACCGACAGAGUGGAAAGUAAGCUCCUUGAGUUCCAUCCCCAGAUUUUGGAAUCAGUACAGGAAAUCCUGUCAAUCGUCAGUCAACACUACGAUCACUCCCAGAAAUCGGCUGAGGACUUCAAGUCAGAGUUAUCGGCACUGCCUUCAAAUCUGCCCACAAUGCUCCCCGCGCUGCCCCCACCGGAAGCAGAGCGUUCACUUGCCAUAGAGGAUACACCUGUACACACAAAGUUGGAUGAUCUUCUGGAGCUUGCCAAGAACAACAAGAUCCAUGAGGUUUUGAACACUCUACUUGAUCACUCCAAGAACGACAAGCUUCACGAGAAACUUGACCGUGCUCUAGAGCAAAGGUCAGGAUCGAACGAUCAGAUUUACGAAAAGCUCAAUGAACUCCUUGAUCAUGCCACCAGCGGUAAUGGCUCUGUCAACGAGAAACUGGACGAACUUCUCAGUCGUCCCCUGAACCCGCCUGAAUCUGAUCAUUCCGUUACCCAUAUGAUGAAAUUGGAUGAGAUGCACAGGGACAUCAUGGAGAACUCACGCAAGAUGAGCGAAAUGUUUGCAGCUCAAUCAGUGCUGGUCGCUGAAGAUACCGAGCGCAAGCGAAAAGAAGCCGAAGAGGCAGCUGUCGCACUUGAACGCAGAGUUGCGCAGCGUGAGCAAGUGGAAAUGGAGCUUGUUGGCUUGCAUGAAGAGAAGGAUUCUUUGCUGCACAUGCUCCAGCGUCUGAGAACAGAGAAGGAGGACCUGAUCAAGCAAAACAACAAACUCAGCAAAGAUAUUUCUGGACUUGAAACCGCCCUUGAGAUACGCCACGAAGAGAUGCGACAGAUGGAAGACCGCGCGGACGGCCUCGAAAAACGCAUUCUGGAAGGUGUGCUCGACCAUGCUCGCACCGUCCUUCUCGGCCGAUCCAACAACUCGCAGGCCAUGAAUCUCAAAAGACAGCGCAGCACUCGCAGUACUCGUUCAUCAAGAGCAGGCGCCCGAAGCCCCAGCGUAACAAGCACUGCCAGCACUGCCAAAGAGGCCAAAGACACUCGUAGUCUUCUCGGCAAUGGUGUUGGCAUGGCUUUGAAACGCAGAAUGCCAACCUCGCUCCAGGCGGGAACAGUCGCCGUGCAGCCCAACAUCGGAAAGGAGCGUCGCAUUCUUAGCUUGAGUCACGUCACAGGAAAUCGUGGCGUCGACCGACAAGUCAGCGCUAAAUCUGGUAUUACCAGCUUGAAGCGUAGCCACUCUGUGAAAUCGAACACUCUUCGCAAGGCUUCUUGGGCUGGUCCAACUUCCGUCGCCGACAAAGAGAAUGAGGUCUUUCACGAGGAAGAUGAGCUUGCCAGCGAGGUGGAGGAUGCUUGUCCCAACCGGCAGCCCAGCUACGCAGAAAGUAAUGCACCUACCGAUCGCAAGACCAGCUAUGCAGAGUCCGAUUUUGGCACAGAGCGCAACUAUUCCGCGAGUAAUGCCGGCACCGAUCGACGCACAAGCUACGCAGCAAGCAACGCUGGCACUGAGCGAAAGACAAGCUACGCCGGUAGCAUCGCGAACAGUGCGGCUACAGAUGUCACAGAUCAGCGUCGUGUCAGCGGAGUAAGCUCGGCGAAUGACUACAGCAUGGCCGAAAGCUCAAUUUCGGAGCACGAUCACGAGAAUCGUGACGAUGUUCUUUCCAUUGAUGAUUCCGAGUCAGAAGAUGAUGCGCAGACCGCACACGAGCAUUCUGGACAUGAAGAUGAGAAUGAGGAGGACCACGAGAUGUCCCACCAGAUCAGGGAGGCCAACGCGGCUGCAGAAGCCGAAGUCCUGAAGUUACUAGCGCCCCCCAGUGAUAGUGGACUUGGCACGGAUAUUGCGACUUGA